AGGCAUUCCUAAAAAACAGCAAGCAAGGGGAUUUCAAGGUUAUUCCGCGUGCCAGCCAGACAGCAAGCCAGACGAGCUCGGAGAGGGGGAUGAGCUGAUCUGGAGACUGCCCAGCGGUCCGGCCAGAACCAGGAUGGGGCUGCCAGUGUUGGCACCAAAGAAAGUUCCCAGUGGCUACUAAAUCUUUAAAGUUUAAGGGACAAAUGUGCUUCUGAUUUAAGUUCCAGGCUGAAGUUACCUUACAACGGUGGAUAAGGUCCAGCUGGGGAGUGUAAAUAUCAGGCCGCGCUGGAACAGGCGGCUCCCUGCUUCAUUUAUUUGCCAUAGGUCCUUUUCCCCUUGUACAUUUUAUAUGUGUCUGGCACGGAUGGAAAAAGAAAGAGCUAAACGUAGUCAUCGCUGUGUUGGGGGAGCUGGCGUGGACCUGCCUAGACAGCUGCUGAUCUGUACCUUUGGUUUUUAGGGGAUUUUGUUUGCUUGUUUGGUGUAAUCCUGUGUAUUGACUAUACAAUAGCGAUAGACAGACACACGCGCACAGCGCUCUGUUGCUGUUACAGAGUUCCUCGCACAACGCCGAAGGUUGCAGCUGGGGCAGCCCCUUGCAGUUCUUUUGUGCAUUUCCUCAUUUUGCGCAUGUAGGGACAACAGUCAUUGAGGAAUGUAAUCCACAAUGCUAGUUCUCAGGGUGCUCAAUGUUGUUGCUCCAGCCUACUUCCUGUGCAUCUCCUUAGUGACCUUCGUCCUCCAGCUCUUUCUCUUCAUCCCCAGCAUGUUCAAAGACCCUUCCACCACCCCACUUUUCUCUCCUGCUCUGCUGCAUGGGGCCCUCUUCCUCUUCCUCUCAGCUAAUGCCCUGGGGAACUACAUCCUUGUGAUACAGAACUCCCCUGAGGACCUGGGCAAGUGCCUGAACUCGGGCGGAGGAGCCGAAGUGGUGGCGGACCGGCCGGACGGAAGCAGGUCCCCUUGCUCAGCCUUGCCCAGCACCCACUUCUGUAGACUGUGUGCCAGAGUCACCCAAAGGCAUGACCACCACUGUUUCUUCACAGGGAACUGCAUCGGGAGCAGGAACAUGCGGAACUUCAUCAUGUUCUGCCUCUACACCUCCUUGGCUUGUCUCGACUCCCUGGUGGCAGGGGUGGCUUACAUUUCUGCAGUGCUCUCUAUGUCCUUUGCAAACCCACUGGCCUUCCUCACCCUCCUGCCUCACUCCAUCAGCCAGUUCUUCUCAGGAGCUCUCCUUAGCUCUGAAAUGUUUGUCAUUCUCAUGCUGUACCUCUGGCUCGGAAUUGGACUUGCCUGUGCUGGCUUCUGUUCCCACCAGAUACUGUUGAUCUUACGCGGGCAAACUCGCUACCAGGUGCGGAAGGGGAUGGUGGUAAGAGCCCGGCCCUGGAGGAAGAACCUGCAGGAUGUUUUUGGGAAGAGGUGGCUAAUAGGACUUCUCAUUCCUGUGCUAAAUGUGGGAAGUGACUAUCAUAGGCAUAAAGACAAGUAACUCUCCACAACACACACACACACAGAUAUACCCCUACUUUCUCCCAUGCUCUGCUGCAACAUGGCAAAAUUGGGAUAUUCCAUCUCUCAGUACUGCAGACUCUGGGGGGAAGGGAUUGGCUAGCAAACCGAACAGAUGUAAGGGAUUGUCUUUCUGUUCUGUGCUUGUACAGUGCCUAGCACAAUGGGGUCCACUUCCAUGACCAGGGCUCCUAGCCGCUAUGUUAAUACUAAUAAUAAAUAUUAAUAAGGAGAUCACAAACCAUGUAGAUGAAGAGAUACUGCCGCUUUGUAGACACAUCACUGCACCUGUGUACAUGGCAACAGUCUCUGUACUAUUAGAAAAAUAAUAUUCAAAUCCUCCUUUAGGCUCCUUUCUCACUCUUUCAUCUUCCCUCUCUCUCUCGCUCUCUCUCUCUCUGUUAUCUAACCUAUGCCUUCUCCCACAACUGGCAGCAGGAUCCUUCUCCAUCUAGCUGAUAGCCCAUGCUAUCAUGACUAGAUUGUGAGCAAAGUAUAUGUUCCUGUGGGGGGUUUCCAAGUUGGAGCUUUAUGAAGCAUAAAGUGACCUGAGACAGAAAGAAGCAUUUAACAAUAAAACUGUAGUGCAGCCAAACACUUUAGGAACAGGCUGCUAGGAAGGCAGAGAGGGUCUAGUCUCCAUAGACUAGAAAUUAGGGAUGGAAAGGACUUCAUUAGGUCUCUUGAGCUCCAAUUAUUCUUGAUCUCUUCCCUUCGUAGGUAUAUGAAGGGAUAGCAGCUCACAGACUGACCACAGGGCCUGUCAGGAUUGUAGCUCUAGUGGCUGCUUCUCAGAGUGUUUCUUCUUCAACUCCCCACCCCCAGCCCUUGCCUUAUGACACAGUCCGUGGCACAAUUGUCUAUCCAGCUCCAAGGACCAGCAAUCAGAUCUAAUAAUGGACCUUGGAUCAAAUAAGGCAGAGAUACAAGAAAAGAAAACUGUGAGCAUGAACGGAAAAGAUGCAUUUGAGAGUUGGGCUGUGUGUGAGUGGCUGUGUGACAGAGGUAGGUUGGGGGUGGCUUGCGUGAGUGAGUGAUAGAAGGUGCAUGCACACAAACUGGGCUGGCAGGAGAGUGUAAGCGGCAGCACUUAAAGGUACAUCCUGAUGUAGCACACAGUCAAAGAUGGUUCGUCCAUGUUGAGUGGUGUUCAGAGUUCAGACUUCACUGGAAGACAGUGGGGUUCUCCAAAGACCGGGACACUUUGCUAUAAUUUUGUAGUAGUAUUAAAAAUUAACAAAAUGAUUACCUCAAACAUUCCUGCCACAGCCUUAAUACAGGCUCUUCAGAGGUUCUCAAACUGGGGGGGCGUGGAAUGUAUUCUGGGGUGUGGGGGGAAUGAGAAGCUUUAGGGAAAAAAUUACUGUGCGUAAUCAGAGCGGGUGGCCGGAGAGUGGUGGCCAUACCAUACCAUGCCAUCCUUACUUCUGGGCUACUGCUGGCAGCAGUGCUGCCUUCAUAGCUGGGCACCUGGGCAGCAGCUGCCACUCUCCACUUUGCCUUCAGAGCUGGGCAGUCAGAGAGCGGCAGCUGCUGGCCAGGCGCUGGCGGGGGAUCAUGUACAUUACAACAGACCCAAAGAAGGGGGGUGUGAUCAAGUUUGAGAACGAAUGCUUUAGGACAUUUCCUCUAGCCCAGGUAUAGUGGGGUACAUUCAUCAUGGUAUAUCUCCACUAAGGAAGUUAAUGGAGUUACUAUUGGGAUUAAUCAGCCCAGUAUGUCAGUAUGUCCUGCUUCAGCAAACCCCAUCAUAUCAGUGCUGAGACACCAUGCUGAUAGGUGCCUUAAAAAAAGACACUACCACAUUUCAAAAAUUAUCACAGUGCUUUAUUCCCAGGGGUUUAUUAUAAUGAGAAGAAGCCUCUGUUAUGGUCAUCUUUGCAUCAGCAGUGUGGCCUGGAUGGGAAUCCACUACUUCUCUUAAUAGACUGGAAGGGCUGCUGUUAAGCAAUGAAAGGUGUCUUUCUUCCUUGAACACCACUCUUAAUCUAUCAUGGGGGAGGAGCAUAAUACCUGCUCUCAAAGUUGUGUUUCUCCCUUAGCAGUGCACAGCAGUCAUUCCUACAGGCUUUAGAAUUGGCUCUCAGACAGCUCUAUCAUGAUCCCAGGGUGUACACAAGUAACAAACACACACAGUACAUUGUGAUGAGCUGCGUGACCUUGAGAAUGUACUGCAGAAAAAACUAGCUGUGUAGGUAGAACACACAUAGACAAUAUUCUUUCCACAUUGAAUGUGUGUUCGCAUGAACACACCUGUAUUUACAUGCAUAGUAUGCUGUAUUUUCAAUAACAGACAACAAUAAAGUGUUUUGAUUUUUUAAGUU